AGAACGAGAGAGAAAGAGAGAGAGAGAGAGAGAGAGAGAGAGAGAGAGAGAGAGAGAGAGAGAGAGAGAGAGAGAGAGAGAGAGAGAGAGAGAGAGAACGAGAGAACGAGAGAGAGAGAGAGAGAACGAGAGAACGAGAGAGAGAGAGAGAGAACGAGAGAGAGAAAGAGAGAGAGAUAGAGAACGAGCGAGAGAGAGAACGAGAGAGUGAGAACGAGAAAGAACGAACGGAAAAACGAAUUUGGAAGAAUCAGCAGAUACACACUUGA